AGAUCGUGAAGGCGCCGAAGGUUCAGAAGAGGGGCGCUGAGAAGAUCGUAGAGGUGCCGCAGGCACAGUACGCUGAGAAGAUCGCCGAGGUGCCGAAGGCUGUGGCCGAAGAGGUCGAGGACGUGGUCACGCCGCAGGCAGAGUACACCAACUAGAUCGUCUGCGUGCCACAGGACAUGACCCACGGGAUUGUGAAGGUCGUGGAGGCGCCGCAGGAAGAGUACGUCGAGCAGAUCGUCGGGAUGCCGAAGGUCGUGACUGAAGAGGCCGAGAAGGUCUUGGAGGCGCCGCAGGUAGACGACGUUGCGAAGAUUGUCGAGGCGUCGAAGGCUGUGACCGUAGAGGUCGAGAAGAUCGUGGAGGUGCUGCAGGUGGAGUACAUCGAGACGAUCGUCCACGUGCCGAAGGUCGUGGCCCAUGAGGUCGUGAAGGUCGUGGAGGUGCCGCAGGUAGAGCACGCCGAGAGGAUCGUCGAGGCGCCGAAGGUCGUGACCGAAGAGGUCGAGAAGAUCGUGGAGGUGCCGCAGGUCGAGCACGUCGGAAAGAUCGUCCACGUGCCGAAAGGUCGUGACCCAUGAGGUCGAGAAGA